GUUUUUUUUCCCCCCACCCCCUCCCCCAAAUCCCUGGAAUUCCGGCUUUCCCAGGAUCGGGCACCACAGCACGAGCGACGACAGCUCCGCGUACCGCUCGGUGGACGAGGUCAAUUAUUGGGACAAGCAGGACCACCCCAUCUCCCGCCUGCGCCACUACCUGGGCCACAGGGGCUGGUGGGACGAGCACCAGGAGAAGGCCUGGAGGAAGAGCUCCAGGAAAAUGGUCCUGGAAGCCUUCGAGCAGGCGGAGAAGGAGCCCAAACCCUCCCCCCAGCUCCUCUUUUCCGACGUUUACCUGGAGAUGCCGCCGCGGCUCCGGAGGCAGCGGGAGGAGCUGGAGCGGCACUUGGAGACCUACGGGGAGCAUUAUCCCCUCCAGCACUUCCAGAAGUGACCCCCUGGAAUUCCAGGAGCCCGGAGAUUCCCAGAGAACCCCCGGAAUUCCGGGAAAACCCCAAAUUCCGAGCGGGAAUCACGAAUAAAGACGGUUCGGGAGAG